AUGGCUAUCUUGACUGAACUGAUGGCUAUUUUGACUGAACUGAUGGCUAUCUUGACUGAACUGAUCGCUAUCCUGACUGAACUGAUUGCUAUCUUGACUGAACUGAUGGCUAUCUUGACUGAACUGAUGGCUAUCUUGACUGAACUGAUGGCUAUCUUGACUGAACUGAUGGCUAUCUUGACUGAACUGAUGGCUAUCUUGACUGAAUUAAGGGCUGCGAAGAGUACUAGAGAACCAGGGAGUACUAGAGAACCAGGGAGUACUAGAGAACCAGAGAGUACUAAAGAACCAGAGAGUACUAGAGAACCAGGGAGUACUAGAGAACCAGAGAGCACUAGAGAACCAGAGAGUACUAAAGAACCAGAGAGUACUAGAGAACCAGAGAGUACUAGAGAACCAGAGAGCACUAGAGAACCAGAGAGUACUAAAGAACCAGAGAGUACUAAAGAACCAGGGAGUACUAGAGAACCAGAGAGCACUAGAGAACCAGAGAGUACUAAAGAACCAGAGAGUACUAGAGAACCAGAGAGUACUAAAGAACCAGAGAGUACUAGAGAACCAGAGUGUGUUAGAGAACAAGAGAGUACUAGAGAACCAGGGAGUACUAGAGAACCAGAGAGUACUAAAGAACGAGAGAGUACUAGAGAACCAGAGAGUACUAGAGAACCAGGGAGUACUAGAGAACCAGAGAGUACUAGAGAACCAGAGAGUACUAGAGAACCAGAGAGUACUAGAGAACCAGAGAGCACUAGAGAACCAGAGAGCACUAGAGAACCAGGGAGUACUAGAGAACCAGAGAGUACUAAAGAACCAGAGAGUACUAGAGAACCAGAGAGUACUAGAGAACCAGGGAGUACUAGAGAACCAGAGAGUACUAAAGAACCAGGGAGUACUAGAGAACCAGAAAGUACUAGAGAACCAGAGAGUACUAGAGAUCCAGAGAGUACUAGAGAACCAGAAAGUACUAGAGAACCAGAAAGUACUAGAGAACCAGAGAGCACUAGAGAACCAGAGAGUACUAAAGAACCAGAGAGUACUAGAGAACCAGAGAGUACUAGAGAACCAGGGAGUACUAGAGAACCAGAGAGUACUAGAGAACCAGAGAGUACUAGAGAACCAGAGAGUACUAGAGAACCAGAGAGUACUAGAGAACCAGGGAGUACUAGAGAACCAGAGAGUACUAGAGAACCAGAAAGUACUAGAGAGUCAGAGAGUACUAGAGAUCCAGAGAGUACUAGAGAUCCAGAGAGUACUAGAGAACCAGAAAGUACUAGAGAACCAGAGAGUACUAGAGAACCAGAGAGCACUAGAGAACCAGGUAGUACUAGAGAACCAGGGAGUACUAGAGAUCCAGAGAGUACUAGAGAACCAGAGAGUACUAGAGAACCAGAGAGUACUAGAGAACCAGAGAGUACUAGAGAUCCAGAGAGUACUAGAGAACCAGAGAGCACUAGAGAACCAGGUAGUACUAGAGAACCAGGGAGUACUAGAGAUCCAGAGAGUACUAGAGAACCAGAGAGUACUAGAGAACCAGAGAGUACUAGAGAACCAGAGAGUACUAGAGAUCCAGAGAGUACUAGAGAACCAGAAAGUACUAGAGAACCAGAGAGUACUAGAGAACCAGAGAGUACUAGAGAACCAGAGAGUACUAGAGAACCAGAGAGUACUAGAGAACCAGAGAGUACUAGAGAUCCAGAGAGUACUAGAGAACCAGAAAGUACUAGAGAACCAGAAAGUACUAGAGAUCCAGAGAGUACUAGAGAUCCAGAGAGUACUAGAGAUCCAGAGAGUACUAGAGAACCAGAAAGUACUAGAGAACCAGAGAGUACUAGAGAACCAGAGAGCACUAGACAACCAGGUGAUGCUUUGAGGAACCUUUAA